AUGGCGACGAUGGCACCAAUCGCCGACCAUCGUACGCCCGUUGGGCACCCCUUCUUCCAGUAUCUCGUCGCCGCGCUCUCCGUCUACGAGCUCGGCCCCUCGUCCCUCCCCGUGCCCAAGUAUGAAGGCCCCUCCGACUGGCAGACCGACAGCAUCCUCCGCUCUCUCACCGCGGUCGCCCGCCGCAUGUACACCGCCGAGGAGGCCCUCGCAGCCAUCAAGGCGUCCGAGAGCUGCGGCCCAGAGUCCAAGAAACGCCGCAGCGUCGGCGACAGCCCUCCUGUGAGCAGCGCAAGCUCGUCGAGCUCCCGGAGCGACGGCGCCGAGGCCAACAGCUCGACGAGCCAGACGGCGACGUCGACGUCGCCGUUCUUCGUCGGCACGCCCAGCAGCUCCGUGGAGAGCAUCCCGAGCACGAUGGACGACAACGGCCACCACCCGCAGCACGUCGAUAAGGACGUCGAGAUGUUCGACGCGGACGCGGACGAGAGCGAGACGACGCCCCAGGCGCAGCCGCCACGCGGGCGCAACGGCCUGCGGCGGACGCCGUCGCCGAUGAGCAUCUCGCUCAAGGACGUCGUGAACCCGCUCGACAACCCGAGGACGUUCAAGGUGAAGCAGAUCGGGCCGCAGUCCGCGCCGCCGACGUCGACCGCGGAGAGCGCACACUGCCCGCACUGCGGCAAGAACCUGUACACGAACUUCGACGUGAACGCGCCCCAGCUCAGCUCGCCGCUGGUCGUCCCGAUCGGGCCGCUCGCUGCGGCCGCAUUCGAGAGCGGCAUGAGCGCUGUCGAGGAGCUCAAGCUGCUCAAGGCUCAGGUGCAGGACGUCGCGCGGGUCUGUAACGCUGUCGCACGCGGCGACUUGUCUCAGAAGAUUACGGUGCCCGUGCAGGGCGUGGUCAUGGUUCAGCUCAAGGAAGUCAUCAAUGCAAUGGUUAAGGACAUUAGCAAGGAAGUCACGCGGGUUACGUUGGAGGUCGGUUCGCAGGGAAAGUUGGGUGGUCAGGCGCAUGUUCCGGAUGUUGAGGGUGUAUGGCUGGAUUACACGAAACGUCAAUCGAAUGUGUUCAAGUUUGACGAUCAAGUGCGGUCGAUCGCAGUGGUGACGACCGCUGUCGCAAAGGGAGACUUGACGCAGAAGAUCGAGAUUGAGGUCGAGGAGAGAUCUGAGCGCUUUUGCAUCGGAAGUCACGCGUGUCGCGCUGGAGGUCGGACGCAGGGUAUUUGGGUGGCCAGGCGAAGGUCGAGGAAAAUGGCCACGAAUUUGACGGACCAAGUGCGGUCGAUCUCGGAGGUCACGAAGGCCGUCGCGAAUGGUGAUCUCAGUCGGACAGUCAAUGUCGAUGUCCAGGGAGAGAUGUUAGAUUUGAAGACAACUGUCAACCAGAUGGUUGCCCGUCUCUCAGUGUUGGCAAGUGAGGUCACGCGUGUGUCCCUGGAGGUCGGUACCGAAGGUAUGAUGGGCGGUCAAGCAUACGUGCCGGACGUCCAAGGCAUGUGGAAGGUCUUGUCGGACAAUGUCAACUUAAUGGCCAUGAACCUGACGAAUCAAGUGCGAUCGAUCGCCGAGGUGACGAAAGCCGUCGCUGGUGGUGAUUUGACGAAGCGGAUCACGGUUGAUGUGCGCGGAGAGAUGCUUGACUUGAAGAAGACCGUCAACGGCAUGACUGAGAGCCUCAGUGUGUUCGCCGACGAGGUCACUCGUGUCGCCAAGGAAGUCGGGACGGAGGGUAAACUGGGCGGUCAGGCGCGCGUGCCCGGCGUUGGCGGUGUUUGGAAGGAUCUGACGGACAAUGUCAACGUUAUGGCUGCCAACUUGACUUUACAAGUGCGGACCAUCGCAGUGGCGACGAGAGCUGUCGCUCGCGGUGACUUGGUCCGCAAGGUCACUGGUGUUUCGGUUUCCGGAGAAAUGCUUGACUUGGUGAACACGAUCAACUCUAUGAUUGACCAAUUGGCCAUCUUCGCUGCCGAAGUCAAGAAGGUCGCUCGAGAGGUCGGAACCGAGGGUAAGCUUGGUGGACAGGCUGAGGUCGGCAACGUAGAGGGUAUCUGGCAGGAUAUUACGAUGUCCGUCAACACCAUGGCGAGCAACUUGACAACGCAAGUGCGUGGUUUCGCGCAGAUCUCAGCUGCGGCCAUGGAUGGCGACUUCAGUCGGUUCAUCACCGUCGAGGCCAGUGGAGAGAUGGAUUCCUUGAAGACGCAGAUCAACCAGAUGGUCUUCAACUUGCGUGACAGUAUCCAGAAGAACACCGCCGCAAGGGAGGCCGCCGAACUUGCGAACAGGAGUAAGUCGGAGUUCUUGGCCAACAUGUCGCACGAGAUCAGGACGCCCAUGAACGGUAUCAUUGGUAUGACGGAGUUGACACUCGACAGCGAUCUGGACAGGUCGCAGCGCGAGAGUUUGCUCUUAGUUCACAGCUUGGCUCGCUCGUUAUUACUCAUCAUUGACGACAUCUUGGAUAUCUCGAAGAUCGAGGCGGGUCGUAUGACCAUGGAGCAAGUGUCGUACUCGUUGCGACAGACCGUCUUUGGCAUUCUCAAGACCUUGGUUGUCCGAGCUUCUCAGAACCAGCUUGAUCUCACCUACGAUGUCGACCCCGAGAUUCCUGACCAACUCAUCGGAGAUUCCUUGCGUCUACGCCAGUUCACGCCGUCGAGAGCCGCGUUCAAGGGUCACGUCGCUCUCAGCUGCCGGUUGCUCGCUCUUGACGACCAAUGCGUCACCCUGGAGUUCUGCGUCUCCGAUACUGGAAUUGGUAUUGCGAAGGACAAGUUGACCAUGAUCUUCGACACCUUCUGCCAGGCUGAUGGUUCGACGACAAGAGAGUAUGGUGGCACUGGUCUCGGCUUAUCCAUCUCGAAGCGACUUGUCACUCUCAUGCAAGGUAACAUGUGGGUUGAGUCGGAGGUCAACACAGGCUCGAAGUUCUUCUUUACGAUCACAUCACAAAUCAGUCCCAUGUCAAUGGAGGGCACCAUCGUCAAGAUGCAGCCCUACUACCAGCGUCGUAUUCUCUUCGUCGACACCCUGCACGAUCAGACUGGCGUUGUGCAACGGAUCAUGGAGCUGGGUCUUGUUCCCCUCGUCAUCCACGAUGUCGCCGACGUCAAGGAUAAGGACAAGACCCCGACCAUCGACACGGUCAUCGUAGACGGCCUUGAAGUGACGGAGCGCCUACGAGAGCACGAGCAUCUCCGGUAUAUCCCGAUCGUGCUGCUGACGCCUCAAUCAACACCACGCCUGAACUUAGCAGUAAAAUGGUGUCUCGACAACAGCAUCUCGUCGCAAGUGACAACACCGGUCACUGCCCAGGACCUCGCAUCCGCUCUCAUUGCAGCUCUAGAGUCAAAUACGGUCACACCAGUCGUGGCUGCGAACGACGUACCAUUCGACAUCCUCAUCGCCGAGGACAACCUUGUCAACCAGAAGCUGGCAGUCAAGAUCCUUGAGAAGUACGGCCACCGUGUUGAGAUCGCCGAGAACGGCCAGCUGGCUGUGGAUGCUUUCAAGAUGCGUAUUCAGAGGAAUGCGCCGUUCGACAUCAUCCUGAUGGACGUGUCGAUGCCAUUCAUGGGCGGUAUGGAGGCGACUGAGUUGAUCCGCGCGUACGAGACGGCACAUGGGCUGGAUCCUGUGCCUAUCAUCGCUUUAACUGCUCAUGCCAUGAUUGGUGACAGGGAACGAUGCCUGCAAGCGGGAAUGGAUGACCACAUCACCACGAGUAGGAGAGCGCCGGGCAAGAGAACUGCAGCUGCGACAAGCACAUCGUAA